UGAAUCUGAUCUCUAGGACUUAAUCAUUCACUGAAGAAGAUUACAAAUGAUUUUCCAAAUGAUUCUAAAUCAGGAAUUAAACAUGCAGAGAUUAAAAUUUUGAACGUAUCUCUGUAUUUUUCAAAUGAAGAAAGGGAGAAGGGUAUCAUUUGUGAGAAGCUUUUGAAUUUCAUUACCAGAAAUAGAAAUGAGCAAAGUGGCUUAUUUCACCUGUUACUUUGGCAAGAAAGAAAAUAAGUACAAUUUCAUAAGAUGUUCAAUGUUCAAAGUAAAUUUAUUAUCAAAGUACAUAUAUGUCACCAUAUGCAACCCCAAGAUUAAUUUUUUUGCAGGCAUCUGGUGCUCAGUAAAUCUAAGAACCGUAAUAGAGUCAUUGCAAAACUGUACCCAAUAGGACAGGCAAACAACCAGUGUGCAAAAGACGACAAACUAUGCAAAUACAAAAGAAUAAAUAAAUAAACAAACUAACAAUAAUUAUUGAGAACAUGAGAUGAAAAGUUGUUGAAAGUGAGCCAACAGGUUGUGAGAACAAUUCAAGUCAAGUCAAGUCACUUUUUAUUGUCAUUUCGACCACAACUGCUGCUAUAGUACACAAUAAAAAACAGACAACGUUUUUCAGGACCAUGGUGCUACAUGAAACAAUAUAAAAAGUACACUGAAACUAUGUAAAACUACACUAGACUAUAGACCUACACAGGACUGCAUAAAGUGCACAAAACAGUGCAGGCAGUACAAUAAAGACAAUAGGCACAGUAGAGGGCAGUAGGUUGGUGUCAGUCUAGGCUCUGGAUAUGGAGAAGUCUGAUGGCUUGGGGAAAGAAACUGUUACACAGUCUGGUCGUGAGAGCCUGAAUACUUCAGUGCCUUUUCCCAGAUGGCAGGAGGGAGAACAGUUUGCAUGAGGGGUGUGUAGGGUCCUUCAUAAUGCUGUUUGCUUUGCGAUUGCAGCGUGUGGUGCAAAUGUCCGUAAUGGCAGGAAGAGAGACCACAAUGAUCUUCUCAGCUGACCUCACUAUCUGCUGCAGGGUCUUGCGAUCCGAGAUUGUGCAAUUUCCGAACCAGACAGCGAUGCAGCUACUCAAGCUGCUCUCAGUACAACCCCUGUAGAAUGUGAUGAGGGUUGGGGGCAAGUUCAGUGAUGGGGCAAGUGAAGUUGAGUGGAGCUAUCCUCUCUGGUUCAAGAAGCUGAUGGUUGAGGGGUACUAACAGCUCCUAAUUCUGAUGAUGUGAGCCCUGAGGCUUCUGUACCUUCUUCCUGAUGGCAACACCAAGAAGAGACCAUGAUGUAGGCAGUAUGGGUCCUGGAUGAUGGAUGCUGCUUUCCUGCAACAGCAUUCCAUAAGAAUGCCAGGAAUUACAUCUCUAUAGUGACAAGCAUUUGUUAUUUAGGAGUACAGCUAACGUAGAUCUGAAGUUGGUCGAAAAUUAGAAACCUGCACAGAGUAAGCUUUAACCAAUUUUUCCACACCCAUCAAAUUCCAGCCAACACCUGUAGAGCAUUGGGCUGCAUUGGGAUGCCUUUUGUUGCAGCCCACAAAUAAUCUUGUGAAAACAUUCAGAUAUAUAUGUCUGAAUUUGACUAGUUUCUGCAGUGGUGGGCUGGGAAUAUUCUUGGAGCCUCCUACUGUUUACUAUUCAGUUGUCCAUCCUUCACAAUUAGAUAUAGUCUAGCUGCAGAGUUUGACCUGAUACAUUGAUUGCGACAUUGCUUAGCUUCGUUGCACCUUGUUCUGUUUUGCCAUUUUUCUCUCAUGUAGUCCUGUGUUCACCAAGUUGGUAUCCCAUUUGCAGACAUUCCAGGCACACUUCACAGCAUUCUUCAUUCAACCAGAACUAAAUCCUUUGACUUCAUAGUAUUAGAAUGUAAGUUAUGCUGGGUCAUAAAGAUAUGGGUUGCAGUAGUGUACAGUUCAGUGACUGCUGAUGUCUUUAAUGUCACAUGGACACUCAAUUUAGAGAUGCCAGGUCUGUUCUGAGUCUAUCCUGUUUAACAUUCAUAGUCCCACAGAACACAACAAACAGUGUCCUUUGUGUGAAUAGAGGCAUUUCCUCCACAGGUCUAUUCUAACAGCAUUGCAAUAGACAACUGCAUUUGCCACUGGUGAAUUAGUAAAUUCAAGAAGGUUUAUCCCUCUUGUUGUUUUCUAUAUACUCCCAUGCUCAACCAAACCUGGUGCACAGAGCUACCAAACCACUCUUGGCAAUGGACCUUGAACUCCCUCAUCUGUCUCCUUACUACUUUUAUGCUUCUUGUUGAAUAGGGAAGAGCAUGUACUUGUCUGCCCACAGACACCAUGGGUGAUAAUCAGAUUGGGAGGAGGUGUCUUUGCUCUUGUUUGACCCAAUGUCAUAAGAGUUCAUGGGGUCUGGAUUCAAUGCUGAGAAUAACUAUUGGAUACUCCCUCCCCACUCCCCUCUGGUGCUUUUCUAGACAAUAAUCUUGUAGCUGGCGGUCUACUAGAAAUACUUAAUUUAUUUUAAAUUCCAGAUUAUUUAUUUAAUUAAAUGGAAUUAACAUUAAGUGGUUCUCUUGCCCUUGGGCUUUGCAUGUUGAACUUUGACCUCUGGAUAAUUGGUCCAAACGCUUAAUCAGUACAUUACCAUCUGAACCUGCUAGCCCUCAUCCUUCUGGAUAGUAGAAUUCACGGGACUGGAAGGUACGGUCAACAAAUCUCCGCCAUGUUAUUGUCUUAUAAUUUAUUGAUAAUUAUACAUCUAUAGUCCUGGAGCCUGUUACCCUAGAUUCACAUCAGCUUUUGUAGCCAUGGCAUUUAUGUUGUUGUCCAGUUAUGUUUUUGCCUGGAAUGUUGAUGAUGAGGUGCCAAGUGAACCAUUUAGAUUUUCUCUUGAAGAUUUUUAUUGCCUGACACGUGUGCAGAAGCAAUUUUGCUUGCCAAGCAUUCAUCCAGGAUUGAGUGAUAUUCAGGUGUUGUUACACGCAAAUAGGGGCUGAGGGACUGUGAUUGGAAACAAACAAUUGUAUGAUCAUCAGUGAACAUGCUUAACCAGUGCUGUUGAAGAUGGUUGAGUCCAGGACAGUGCCCUGAGUGACUGAUGCAGCCAUGUCUGGUGAGUAAGAUGAUCAACUCUGAACAAGCGGAAUCAUCUUCCUCUAUGCUAGCUUGUUCCAACUCGUUCCUCAACCUGUUCCUCUAUCCAACUCGAUGAGAUCUUUCCCUUUAAAUCCCAUCCACUUCAGUUUCACUUGGGCUCUUGGUGUCACACUCACAGUAGGCUAUUUGGCCAAUUACGUCCAAGCUGAUCUCAAACGAGCCAAUUGUGCCUUCCUACACCAGGUCCACAUCUCCUCAGGUCAAACUCCAAAUGCACAUCCAAGUAUUUUCUAAGUGCAUCUAAUGCCAUUUCAGAAUCUGAGUCCAGAUUACCAUCUCCUAGAUGGAAAAAAAUCUUUCUUAGCCUCCUCUAAUCCAACCCUCAAUAUUUAAAAAAUAACUAUGCAGCAUUUACUCCACUUCAGUUUUUCAUUGCUUUGCUAACAGAAUUCUUAUUUACUCUAAGAUUGUCCCUCAUAAUCUUCUGGACAAAUCUACCUUCAGUUUGUUCUAAGGAAAACAACCCAGACUUAUACAGUUGCCCUUCAUAGUUAUAAUAAUCCAUCCCCGUAAUAUCUUCAUAAAUCCCCUCUGUACCCUCUCCAGUGCAAUCACACCUUUCCUAAUGUGAUCUGCUGUCGUGGAAACACUAACUAAGAACACCAGAGUGAGUUCAAGUUUCGUUUUAAGAGUUUAUUGAAAUUUAUUAAAAGUAAUUAUUUUCUUAAAAUAUAUUUAAAUACAGAAUACAUAAUGGAUUACAUUUUAAGGUAGAGAUUGAUAGGUAUCUGAGUAGCCAGGGCAUCAAAUGUUAUGGUGAGAAGGUGAGGGAGUGGGACCAAAUGGGAGAAUGGAGCCCCUCAUGAUAAAAUGGCAGAGCAGUCUCGAUGGGCCGAAUGGUCUACUUCUGCUCCUUUGUCUUAUGAUAUUAACAUGAUAUUAUGGAGAGUCUGCAGCAGUCUCCACCACCACCAGAGCUCUGAAUUUUAGGUUAUUCAGAGCUCAUAUUUAUCCAGCAAGACAAACAACUUUCACAUAACUUUGUUUAGCAUCCCACAGUCAGUACAUGAUCAAUUGUUGAAAAGAUAUGUCAAUUGUCUCUCAGAAUGAGUCCUCUUUAUUCCCUGUUACAGGUCUCAUAAUUUACUCCCAGACGCAUCCUCCCUCCUGGAGCAGGGGCUUAAUAUCCUGUUUGUUUUAAUUCCUGGUACUGGGCUUAUCAUCCAAGAUUUUUAACAACUCGCAUCUGCAGUCUUAAGUCCAGCUGCUCCAGACUGGACAAGCAUACCAUCAUACCCUAGUUUGAACAUUUCCACCACAUCUGAGGGGCACUCAGGAAUCAUGUUGUGGUGUGGGUAGUCCUAUAUAGUUUCUAUAUAUCUUGGACAAUGCAUACCAAUAAAAAAUAGCAUCCCAUACACUUUUUUAACCAAUCAAUUAAAUGCCACCUUUUAUAUUUUAAUUAAAAUAAUUAACAAUAAAAAUUAAAUGAAAAGCUUAAAUAACUCAAUUUAAAUUGAACGUUAAAUUGAGUUACUCUCACCGCACUUCUCAAUUUCAGAUCUUAUGCCCAUGUUUCGUCGAAGGCUGUGACAGGUCUGGAGCUACUUAGUCCUGGUGAUACCUAAACUAAACAUCAGUCAGCAGCUUAUUGAUUCCAAAAUGUUAGUCGUGCUCUACCUGGUGGCCUUUGUGUACUGUGUAACUAGCCAACCUCUUCUGAUUAAACUCAAAGGAGAACGGAGAUACUCCAAUAGCAUUCCCAAAUUAAUAUGUAGUGCUCCUGGCUUACCCGGACUCGCAGGGCCACCGGGAGCAAAUGGAACACCUGGCCCACAUGGGCGCAUUGGAUUACCAGGCAGAGAUGGGAGAGACGGAAGACCAGGUGAAAAGGGUGAGAAAGGGACAGCAGGGAUAAGGGGGAAAAUUGGACAUGAUGGACAGUUGGGUGAUAAAGGAGAUAAAGGACCAGCUGGGAAAGCGGGAAUUCGAGGACAGAGUGGCUUGAAAGGAAAAUCAGGACCCACAGGAUCUUCAGGACCUAAAGGAAGCAAAGGACAGAAAGGAGACCCUGGACCCCCUGGUGUUUGUAAAUGUGGGAGCUUGAUACUCAAAUCUGCCUUCUCUGUUGGCAUAACUACCAGUUACCCAACAGAGAGAACACCCAUUAUAUUCAAUAAAAUCCUCUUAAAUGAGGGUGGCCAUUACACCCCUUCUUCUGGAAAGUUUAUCUGUGCCAUUCCAGGGAUUUAUUACUUUUCUUAUGAGAUUACCCUGGGUAACAAACAUCUUGCACUUGCACUAGUGCAUAAUGGUGAAUAUCGUAUAAGGACCUUUGACGCUAACACGGGAAAUCAUGACGUAUCUUCAGGAUCUACUGUUAUGUACCUGAAGCCAGAAGAUGAAGUGUGGCUGGAGAUCUUUGAAUAUGAACAGAAUGGUCUAUUUUCUGAUCCUAACUGGACUGACAGUUUAUUUUCCGGCUUUUUGCUUUAUGCUGAUGCUGAUUACCUGGACGCUUUGGCAGAAGAUGAACUAUAGUACAAAACGGGCCAAAUAUUUCAGUUUGAUUACCAAGUCAUUUGUCAAGCGCUUGUCGAGACUGGGACAGAGCACAGUAAUGCUUCGCUGCCUGUUGGCUUUUGGCCUUCCCUGAGAAAAUUGGACUUUCAAGUCAACUGACUCCGAAGACUAGUGGCAUUCAUUUAAUGUUUAGUCUUUCUUUUCAGCCGCAGUGUUGGC